UAGGAAGUGUUUGCAGCGCUUCUGAACUCUGAGUGGUUCUCUGUCCAUAACCUUCACCUCCCACUGGGUGGAGUGGGGCCUUUAAGAGAAGCUGGAAUGCAGUUCCCCUGAUCAGAGGAACCAGUUGUUGCCUGUCUGAGCCUCUGCCAGUCCUGGAGACCGGUGCUCUGAGCUUGGCGGAGCGGGCCUGGCCCUGCGCCCCUCGUCGCCCUCCUCACCUGCACAAGAACUCUGCACUAGCAGGCGGGAAGCCUCCACCUGUUCUGUCAUGGGAGAGGACGCUGCCCAAGCCGAAAGGUCCCAACAGCCGGGUGCUGACAUGCGGCAGGAGAUACCAUGGAGCCCCAGUCCGGUGCCCUCCUCCACGCCGAGCCCUAGCCUCCACCUGGGGAGCCCAGAGGAAGCUAUCCGGGACAAAGCCCAGGUGAACGCCGUCACGGUGCUCACGCUCCUGAACAAGUUAGUGGACAUGCUGGGCACUGUGCAGGACAACCAGCACAAGAUGGAACAGCGGCAGAUCAGCCUCGAGGGCUCCGUGAAGGGCAUCCAGAACGACCUCACCAAGCUCUCAAAGUACCAGGCCUCUACCAGCAACACGGUCAGCAAGCUGCUGGAGAAGUCCCGAAAGGUCAGCGCCCACACCCGCGUGGUCAAGGAGCGCCUGGAGCAGCAGAAUGCACAGGUGAAGCGGCUGGAGACUAACCACGCCCAGCUCCUGCGACGCAACCACUUCAAAGUGCUCAUCUUCCAGGAAGAAAAUGAGAUCCCUGCCAGCGUGUUUGCCAAAAGGCCGGCUUCCAGCCUCGGGGAGGGCUCGGAGGCGCCGGCGGAGGAGAACAAGACCUUGGAAGACACCUUGCACACGGUGGACCUCUCCUCCGAGGACGACGAGGGCUUGGCCGACAGCGCCGACGAGAAGCUGGAAGCGAGCAGGGCGGAGAAAAUUAAGCGAUCCAGCCUCCAGAAGGUGGACAGUCUCAAGAAAGCCUUUUCCCGGCAGAACAUCGAGAAAAAGAUGAACCAGCUGGGCACCAAGAUUGUGUCGGUGGAGAGGAGGGAGAAGAUUAAGAAAUCUCUGGCUUCCAAUCACCAGAAAAUCGCCUCUGGAAAGAGCUCCCCCUUCAAGAUGUCUCCCCUCAGUUUCGGGAGGAAGAAAGUCCGAGAGGGAGCGAGCCCCGCGGAGCCCGAAGAGCGGCGGGGCAGUGACCAGCUGCUGGACGACCACGAGGACAGCUCGGUGACCGAGGGCCCUUCGGAAGCCUCCCUGGGGGGAGAGAAGCAGGCCGAAGGGGAGGCCGAAGGGGAGGCCGAGCGGGAGGCCCCGGGAGGAAGGAACUCGGGCAGAGGCAGUAACGUGGACUUGGCCAUCGUGGAAGAUGAGGAGGAGGAGGGGGCCGUGGGCCUGGAAGACGCGCAGAAGAUGCGCUACGGAGAUAGCUACCCAGGAGCCUCCGAGGAGACCGAAGAGGAGCCCCGGCGCGCGGCUGUGCUGCAGGGGGACCAGACGGCCUGAAGGAUCCCAGACCCGGCGCCCGUGCAUCUCCAGCACUGCCCACUCAAGGCCACGUGCGUGCCCAGGCCGUCGUCACCGAGUACCCAGUGGCAGCGUCCACGUGGCCAAGAUGUACCAGGAAAGCAACGCGUGGGGAUGGGGAAGCCUCGCUUCUUCCUGAAUUGCUCUUAGGUCCUAUUUAAGGAGAAUU